UAUUAAUGUACUCCUCAAAAUAAAAAUUCAUUGCCAACUAUCAAGAUCGUAGAAGCCUAAUACGUGAUUAAACUAUUUAUUAGCUUUAUUUGGAUUCAAUGAUUUAUUGAUACAGUAUUAAACUCCAUCAAAGGAGGUCUCAAGUUUUGGAGGAAAAACGUAGGAGAGUUGUAUGUGGAGCUGGCUUUCACAACCAUCACGACACAGUACAACGAUGUACUCAUAUGCUUGCUGAGCACUGUUUUAUUGCCAUUGCCUCUUCUUUCAAUGAUCAGCAAGACAUCUCCAUUACACCUCCAUUAUUUAUGGGUAGGCUGUAGGCAUUCAACUAAAUGCUUUAGGAGAUCGCUCCGAAUCUUUUGUAAGGAACACAAAACGAAAGAAUUCAUAUGCAGGCCUACACAUUCUACGAGAACAUAUUGAACUGUUCAAUUGCAACCUGAAGGAAGGAAAGGAACCAGAGAUUGAUAACGUCUCAGUGGAGUUGCUCAAAGGUGGCAGGGAAGCGACAAUCAAGGCACUCACUAACCCUGUAUCGGAAAAUAUAGGAAACCAUGCAAUGGCCUUAAGAAUGAACACAGUCGCUGGUCAUACCUCUCCCAAAGAAGGGCAAAAACAGUAAGUAUUUAAUACUGAUAGCAAGUAGCAGUUACCAACCGUCUAAAACCAGCUUGCCGUCAGCAUGAGCCCAUUUUUUUUUUUUUAAGGCCUUCACCUCUUCUGGGGCAUAGCAAGGAUAGCAAGGAUUUGUUUUACGGGGUGCGGGUGCUGGCCCCACGCCCAACCCUCCUCCUUUUUCAGCCGGGCUUGGGACCGUCCUUGGCGGAGGGCAGCCAGCCCUGUAAACAGAUGCCACGUGCAGAGAAAGAACAGCAUACCCGAGACGAGAAAUGAACUCAGGGCAGCCAACCUUCACUGUAUUGGUGACAGGCGCUAACAGCGCUAACCGUUGCCCCACCGGGCCGCCUUGCAUGAGCCCAUACAGGAUAUAAAGUAAAGGUGAACACAGCCGGACUGCCCACUGGGAGACCUGUUCAAGGUGGCUCAAGAUGAGCCUCGAUGGCGCGCCUUUGGCACUGGCGGGUCUCAUCGCAUUCCAUAGGACUUGUAUUUCCAUCCAUGCAGCUCCUACUGUCCAAAUGGGCGCCAUCUGCAGAGCGGAGCCAAAUGGUGGCCUUUACGUAUUCAGGCUGUCAGGCAGGCACAGUGGUUGGCAUUCUGGUGGCUGGAAUCCUUUGUAGCACAAACAGUCUGGGCUGGCCUAGUGUAUUCUACAUUUUCGGCGGGGCAGGAAUCUUAUGGGCACUUGGAUGGCUGUUGUUUGCACAUGAGACACCCGCACACCAUCCUCGUAUCACAGACAGUGAACGUUACUUCAUCGAGUCAACUGUUGGAAGACAUCCAUACCAAGAGCUUCAGACGCCGUGGCGCGCUAUUCUGACAUCACCUGCACUCUAUGCCAUCAUGGGCGCACAUUUUGCCAAUGACUGGGGCUGCUUUGCUCUGAUGACGUGUCUUCCAAAAUUCAUGAAGGAGGUUCUCAACUUUGAUAUUAAUGAGAACGGGAUUUUGUCAUCACUUCCUUACUUGGUUAUGUGGAUUGUUAAUUUUGUUGCUGGUCCUCUGGCUGACCACCUCCGUAAGCCUAACCGACUUUCCACGGCUGUUGUGCGGAAACUAAUGGUGUCCGUGGGAUUGUUUGGACCAGCAGUAGCAUUGUUAGUAACAACUUAUCUGCCUGGUUGUCAGAGGACCCUGACAGUCUCAUUACUAACACUGGCCAUGGGGUUCUCCGGUUUUACCAUUGCUGGUCAUAGCGUAAAUCAUUUGGACAUCGCUCCUGCCUUUGCUGCUGUUCUUUUCGCGCUCACGAAUACAGUUGGCACCAUUUCCGGUCUUAUUGGUCCAGCACUCGUAGGAGUUCUAACAGAAAAACACGAAACACGAUCACAAUGGAAUAUCUUCUUCAUCGUUUCUGGGAGCAUUUACAGUAUCGGAGGACUUAUCUUUGUGCUUCUAGCAAGAGGAGAAUUACAGGACUGGGCAAAGAUGAAGGACUUGGAAGCCAGUGUCAGUGUACUUCCAUCUGAAUAUGGUAGCAUACAGAAAGGAUGAAAAGACUGCAUGUGUAACAAAGAUGUUAAAUGCACACACAGAUGUUCGGUUAAUACGAAACAGGUGUUACUCCUUAGGGUAUUUAUUAAAAAUAGAGGCCUGGUCGAUUCGACUUUUGGUAUUGGUAAGAUGCUGUCUUACGUGGGACGAUUUGUUCAUGACGGGAGUUCAUUCGACUCAGGAGGGAGGUCAAUGUAGGCGAAGCGAUAUGGUCUUUCAGAUGACCAGCCCUUCCCCCAUACCACUCACUCGGACCAUUGUUGUCUAUUGACAGUUCAUGUCAGUCUAUUAUGCUUCAUUAACUAUUUUUUCAGAAGACACGUGCCUACAUAGGUAAACUUUUGUGACCGACUGUGCUUUCUUGCGUGUUUUGCAGAAAUCUCCUUCAAAAAUACAAAUAGUGCAUUUUGA